AUGGGGCGUUCGCGGCGCCGCGGCGCCGGAGCGUGGCUAGGGUCCACCGCAACUGCAGCGUGCCUCGCGGCCGCUGUCGGGGCCAUCUCCGCCGCAUCCACGCGCUCAAACGCUGACCCUGGGGUCGUGCUGGCGAACGUUCUCGCAGACGCGCGCGCGGGCUCCAGUGCCGCGGCCACAGACGUAGAAAGCGAGCGCCUUCUGUGGGCCCGCCUGCUCAGCACACAGACCGCCCUGCCCUCCCGAUCCUUGAAGAAUCUUCACGCCGCUCUGCACCCUAGUAACUACGAACCGACCACGCCUGAAGUGGAGUUCGCGGGGCGGGCGAACGGAGGCGAGCGUGGCCUGGAGGCGGUCCACCUACGCGCCACGAGAGCUGACGCGGAGCUGGACGGCUUCGAGCCGCACACGCUCAUCCCCGGCUGGAAGACGCUGCCCCCGGAGCCCACGCCCGCUCCGUCGACGCGCGCGCCGUUCCCCACCGCGCCGCCCCCGCGGCCCACCGAGACUGCGCGCCCACGCCCCACAGCGCGCCCGGUGCCCACGUCCCCCGCGACGCCCACGCCCCCGCCGACGCAGCCCCCGCUGCCGCCGACCUCGGGCCCCAGGCCCUCGCCGUCGCCGACCGACGCCCCGACGAACGCCCCACAGCCCACCGCUGCGCCGUCGACCACGACAGCGCCAGCCGGGCCGACCAAGCGGCCGAGCCCGGGCCCGAUCGACCCGGACAGGGACAGGGUUCACAAGGGGCUGUUCCCGAUCGCGGCGCGGGACGUCCUCGGGCUGAUCCUGGUCGGCCUGGCGCUGUUCGUGGCGGCGGGGGGCGGCAUCGGGGGCGGGGCGCUACUGAUCCCGAUCAUCCUGCUCGUCAUGGCCUUCCCGACGGAGAGCGCGAUCGCGCUGUCGAACGCGACCGUGUUCGGCGGCGCGUGCGCGAACCUGGCGCUCAACGUCCAGAAGCGGCACCGUCUCGCCGACCGCCCGCUGGUCGACUGGAGCCUCGUGGCGAUCAUGGAGCCGCCCACGGUGAUCGGCGCGAUGGUCGGCGGGUACAUCAACCGCAUGUUCCCCGGCUGGAUCACGCUGGUGCUCCUGGCGCUGCUCCUGGCGCUGUUGACGUACAAGUUGGGCGCCAGGGCGUUCCGCGAAUACAACAUGGAGACGCGCCGCAUCGAGGGAGAUCGCAUGGGGAUCCUCUCCGACAGCGACGACGAGCCGCCGGUCGCGGCGCCGCGGGGCGGCGAGGGCGAGGGGGGAGUCGCGGUAGACCCCCCGGCCGCAUCAGGCCUCGGGAGCGUCGGGCAGGCGUCGGAGCUGGACUGGGAGGAGGACAGCGAGGCGCACGCGACGCCGAUCGGCCCGGACACGCUCAGCACUCCGCUGCUCCGCCAGACGGACGACGCCGCCGGCGACGACAGCGCUGGCGACGGAGACGGGCCGCUCGGCUUCCCCCUGUCGCCGGAGACGCCGUUCGAGGCGCGCGCGCUCGACUUCGACGACGCCGACGACACCAUGUUCGACGAGGACGACGACAGCGACCUGUCAGACCCCGGGCAGGGGGACCUGACUCAUGCCAUGCAGGGGGGGUCUGCGCGGCGCGGCGACCCGGCGCGGCUGGGCCGUCACGGCAUCGACGGGUCGCGGCUCGCGGCGCUCGUGCGGUCGGACCGCGCGGCGGUGCCGAUCGCGAAGCUCGGGGCCGUUGCUGCUCUCUUUGUUGUUCUGGUGCCAGCGGACCUGCUGAAGGCGCGUUUGGCGUGCGGGUCGGUGCAGUACUGGCUGCUGUCGCUGAUGGUCGUCCCCGCGGCCCUCGCGGUGAUGCUGUACGUCCACGGGCGCCUGCGCGACGAGGCCAACUUGCGGCGCGCUGCAGGCAUUGCGCGGCUGCCUGGCGAGGUCAAGUGGAACCCGCGGGCCGAGAUUCUCUUCCCCUCGAUCUGCAGCACCGCUGGUCUCGUCGCGGGGAUGUUCGGCGUGGGCGGCGGGAUCAUCAAGGGCCCGCUGAUGCUGGAGAUGGGGGUGUUGCCUGACGUGGCUGCCGCGACGUCAGCCACGAUGAUCUUCUUCACCAGCGCGUCCGCGACGCUGGUGUACGCCGGGUUCGGCGUCGUGCAGCUCGACUACGCCCUCCUCCUGUUCCUCGUUGGAGUGGUGGCGACGUUCUUCGGGCAGAUCGCGAUGGGGCAGGUGGUGGAUGCGGUCGGGCGGCGGUCGCUGAUUGUGUUCUGCAUGUUUGCCUUCAUGGGGGUGUCGGCGCUGGUGGUGGGCGUCCGCGCGGCGGUCAUGCUCGCGGGGCUGGUGUCGAGCGGCGAGACGGCGGCGGACAUCUGGCAUCUCCAUCCCAUCUGCCCAGAGCAGGAGCUGUAA